AAUUGUUAUUUAAAAUUGUUUAUACAAUUUGUGUAUAUCCUGAUACGAAGUAUAACAUAAUCUGUCAUACCUAUGAAAAUGAAAUUAUAUUGCUCACGAAAAAUAAAAUUUAUAUAAUUUAAAUUAUUUAUUAUGUUCACAAAAUAUUUAUCUUACGUGUUCGCACGUCUUACAGUGUAUGGCGGUUUUAUGAUAAUCGGUAUAUUUUUUAUCCAAUUUUAUCCGAUUAUUCUCGACAUUGUUUUGCCAUUGGAUGAACCUCGGCCGUACAAACUUCUUGUUACGUUGGAAUAUUUUGUCUCGCAGGAUAAAUACAUCUACACCACAGCGCUGCACGAAUGCGUAAUCAUAACAUUAUGUGGGUCAAUGAUAUUAGCCACGACAACGCAAUUGUUAAUAUUUAUAUUUCAUUCUUUCGGGAUGUUUAAAAUUGCCAGUCAUCGAGUAAAAUAUUACAUUGAGGAUAGCGUAUUGCACACAUCAAAUCUCAAAAAAGAACGCGCAAUUUGCGAGAACAUAAUUCAUGCUGUAAUUGCACAUCGUAGAGCUAUGAAGUUUUCCGAUGUUUUAGUAUCAACAUUUAAUGUGCCAUAUUGCAUCAUAGCUAUCUUUGGAGUACUCUCGUUGAGUAUCAAAUAUCAGUUCCUUGAAGCGAUAACUAUAUCAAAGAACAUGGAAGACAUAGCAAUAUCUUUUCUUCUUACUAUAGCCCAUUUACUUUACAUGUUUGUGGCGAAUUUAAUCGGACAGAAAAUUACGGAUUACAAUAGCAAGAUUUUUAGAAUGGCAUACGGUACGUCGUGGUACUUAAUGCCUAUACCAUCGCAAAAGCUGAUUUUGUUUUUAAUGCAAAAAGCUGGCAAAGAGUUUAACUUAAGGAUCGGCUUUAUAUUUGUGGCAAAGAUAGAAACUUUUAGCAUGCUUCUAAAUUCUGCACUAUCUUAUGUCACCGUAUUAUAUUCUGCUCAAUAAGAAAGAAAUAGGACACACGGUCAAAAGAUAAUCUUUCAUUUUCCCAUAGAUGCAUGUGAAUAUGAAAAUAAAAAAAUAUUUUGC